AUGUCCAAUAAGUCCCUAGAUAAUUUAAAUACACAAUUCAUUGAUGUUCUAAAAUCUCUUAAUAUAGAGGACAAUAAACAUCAAAAACUAAGCAUCAAUUUAGAUCUUAAAAAGAAAAUUAAAACAAUAAUAUCUAUACAAUCAUUAGAAGAAAGAAAAAGUCAUAUUCCAAAAUAUUUAAAUAAUAGCAAUUCUUACAUAUCUUUACUGUCAUUAUCUAUUUCACUCACUACAAAGACACUUUAUACAAUAUUUUGCAAUCAUAAUGGUAGAGAAAUCUUAAAAAAUGUUAUUCAAAAUUCUGAUAAAGAAAAGACAUGUUUGGCAAUAGAUCUUGUAUAUAGGUUGAUAAAAACAUAUGAUUUGGAAUUUGAUAUAAAACUACUUAUAGAAAAGGCUUGUGAAUAUGAAAAAUGGGAAGUUCUUGAUUUAGUAAAAACUUUUGAUUUUUUCUUUGACGGAGAUUGUUUAUGCCAAAUGUUAAUUUAUAAAUUUUUGCAUAAACUUCCAGAUGAGUUUGUUUCUAAAAUACAACAAAGUAAAUUUAAUAGAAUUUUUGAAUAUAUAAAAAAUAAUAGAAUUUAUGCUUCAAAUAUUUCUUUAGAAAAAGAGAAUUUAAAUAAUCUUGAAAAAAUCUUGCUAGAUACACUAUUUAUUCGGACAGAAAAGGGGCUGGAGGUUUCUGUUAUAAGAAAAUCUACUACACCUGAACCUGUUAAAAUAACCGAGCUUAAUAUUUGUCAAAAUUCUAGUAUUGAAACAAAAAAAUCCGAUACAGAAGAGCAAUUAUUGGUUAAUGAAAGUAAACCUACUGUACCUGUUCUGACAAAACCUGAUACUAGUUUGGAUGAGAAAAAAACUUUGAAGAAAAAAUUUAUUUUCAAGAAAAAAGAGCCUAGUGUUGCUUAUUUAAAUAUUAAAUGGACUAAAAUGCACAAAGUUAAUACUGUUUUUGAAAAUAUAAAUGUAGAUAGUUUUAAAUCUAAAUUUUCUAAGGAAGAUUUAGACUAUUUUAUUGUAAAAAAAGAAAUAAAGAAGACUACGGUAGUUGAAAAAGGAUCUAUAAAAGAAGUCAUAAUGGAUCCUAAAAAAAGUUAUGCUCUAAAUAUUGCUUUAUCAAGAGUAAAAGAAGAUUAUAAAGAUGUUUUACAGAAAAUUUACAAUAAUGAUACUACUUACAUUAAUGAAAAUUUGGUUAAUCAACUACUUUUAUAUUUUCCUACUUGUCAAGAAAUGGAUAAUAUUAUGAUUUCUAAUUCGACUGAUAAGUACGUACUCUUUUUUAAAGAGUGUGGAGAUCGAUUCCUAGAUGUUAAAGAAAAUCUUCUAAAAAUUAAGUUAGAUAUAUUAAUUAGAAAUUUUAAUUUUAAUUAUUUAUUAGCAUUUAUUGGAUUUUUUAGAGACAUCAAAACGAGCAUGUUUUUGAAUGAAUUAUUAGGUAUUAUUCUUUAUAUAGGUAAUAUUGUUAAUAAAGGCUCUACAUACGCAAAUGCUGAGGGAUUUAGCAUUCUUGAUAUACAUAACAUUUUAAAUAUGAGAAUGCAAAAUAACCUGUCUUCUACAAAUGUAAAUUGCAAUAAUAAAAUUUCAGAUUUCAGUUCUACUAAAAAAGAUAAUAUUUUUACUUUUAAAGAUUUAAUUAGAAAUAAAAUCAGAGAUUGUGAUGUUAAUUUAUCAAUUAAAAAUAUAAGUUAUGAUAAUUUACUUACCGAUAUACAAGAAAUUAAUAAUGUUAAAAAAGAUUUAAAUUUUACACAUGUAAAAUAUGAUGAGUUAAUUAAUUGUUACAGAGAAUUGAUGUCUCUGGCAAAUGAUAUAAAGAAAGCAUAUAACUUAGAAAAAAUUAAUGAUGAAAUUAUUUGUAUUUUUAUUACAAUUUGUGAAAUAUUCGAGAAACACAAUUAA